GCAAUGCAUUUCAGCUAGAAAUCUGUGUAGAUUCUCUUGAAUCUAUUCAAAAUGCACUAGAGGGUGGUGCCGACCGUCUCGAAUUAUGCAAUGCCUUAUCAGAAGGUGGACUAACGCCUAGCUUCGGGCUAGCGAGACUAGCCAAGAGAAUUUCGACAAUUCCAGUUUUUGCAAUGAUUCGAAUCCGAGGAGGUGAUUUUGUUUAUGAGUCGGAUGAGCUGGAUGCUAUGCUGGAAGAUUUGAAAUUAUUGAAGACCAUUGGCAUUGACGGCUUCGUCUUCGGUGCUCUCACCAACACAAGACAACUCGAUAUCCCUGCUUGCAAGAAGAUCAUCGAGGCAUCAGAUCCACUUCCAGUCACCUUUCAUCGAGCUUUCGAUGACGUAGACGAUCCAAUGCAAGCCCUAGACAAGAUCCACGAGCUUGGCUUUUCGAGAAUUUUAACAUCGGGUCAGAGCAAGUCGGCCGUCGAAGGUGUCGACUUAAUUGCAAAAUUGAUCGAACAGGCGAACUAUAAAAUUAUUAUUAUGCCUGGCGCUGGGAUUAACGAAAGUAACAUUCUGAGUAUAAAAGUUAAGUCAAGUGCGACAGAAUUCCAUGGCUCGGCCAAGAAGAUAAAAAAAGACGUUGAUUUUAGGAUCGGUAAUAGCAAUGGUCUUGGGGUCACUAAUGCUGAAACUGUGAAAUUGAUGGUAAAGGCUUUAAAGGGAGGACCGUGAAAUUGACUUUAC